AUGGCUCCUAAGGAUGUGUGUGUGGUCGGCGCUGGUGUGGCUGGAAUCGCUGCCCUGAAAGAAUGCUUGAGGCAAGGGUUCAAGCCUGUCUGCUAUGAGUUAGACUCGGACAUAGGUGGGAUAUGGCGCAAAAAGGACUACACACAGCCGCACAACACACCUGCUGCCUACAACAACCUGGUGAUGAACACCUCCAAGUUUAACAGCAGCUACAGUGACUUCCCUCCAUUACUUCAGGACACUCCGUAUCAUUCUACUGAGGUGAGGGACACACUGCACAUACUCAAAUUAGUCCUUGCAUACGUUUGA